AUGGGAAGGGAAGGAAAGGAAGGGGAGGAAAGGAAAGGAAGAGAAGGGAAAAGAAGGGAAGGGAAGGGAAGGGGAGGAAAGGAAAGGAAGGGAAGGAAAGGAAGGGGAGGGAAGGAAAGGAAAGGAAGGGGAGGGAAGGAAAGGAAAGGAAGGGGAGGGAUGGGAAGGAAUGGAAAGGAAGGGAAGGGAAGGAAGGGAAGGGGAGGAAGGGAAGGGGAGGAAAAGAAGGGAAGGGAAGGGGAGGAAGGGAAGGGGAGGAAAAGAAGGGAAGGGAAGGGGAGGAAGGGAAGGGGAGGAAAAGAAGGGAAGGGAAGGGAAGGAAAGGUAAGAGAAGGGAAGGGGGUGGGGUGUUGUGGGAUGGUGUCCCGGAUGUAUCUGUGUGUGUUGCUGGGCGGCUCUCCUGUUGAACCUGCUCUCCCUCCUUCGCUCUCCUCGCCUGUGAGGCGUUGUGGGACGGGAGGGUUAGGGUUUGUGACCAUGGUGGAGCUUUCCGCUCUAGCUCAGCCUGUGGAGUUAGGCGCGCAGUAUUCUGGCGUGCACUCCCUUAGGAUUUUGGCAGCGGUGUCGUGCGGGGCGCCAGUGCUGGAUGCGACAGCUUCUCCUCCUGUGCGGCGGAAUUUCCACCAGCUGGCACCGAGCACACUGCCGUUGAAGACGAAGAUUCGGAAGCGAGGAGGUAGAGGACGGAGCAAUGAUGAAGGAGAUGGUGGAGGUGAUAGCGGAUACAGGAAUUAUGGCAGCUGGGGUGGGAGUGGCAAUGGUAACUGGGGAUGGGAUUCUUGGGAGAGCUGGAAUGACGAUACGCAGCCCUCGAACGAAGGCCCAGGCGCAGGCGCAGGCGCAUUUGCUUUGCUCUAUCAGGCAGCUUGUUGGCUAUCGCUGUCCAAUUGCUUGCACUAUGUUUUGAAGUUAGCAUUUCGCGGUCCAAAUAUGUACACCAUGUGGUUAUCAGUGCUAGGUGUUUACAUCACUAUCUCGCUGUCCAAGUGUGUACCCGACGUGCUUUCAUCUUUGCUCUAG